UGCCGUAAAAAAAAAAAGACUAACGUUUCACGCGACGUCUCCGUGCCUUACCUCCGAAUGGAAGCGCUCUUCUUCAGUCUUGAUAACGACACGCCUCUCGCUCUCGUUACCCGAAAGCAACCACUGCAGCUGUGUCCCUGAGCUCCCGUAUCUGUUGGUUGCAAAUAUUCUAUUCUAUUGUAGAGAGAGAAAGAAACAAAAGAGUUUUAUCAAAUCUAGACAGAGAAAAAGCAUACAGCAUCAAUAGCCGAAGAAAAAAAAAAAACCUCCGUAAACUCAAAGCAAUUUCAUUCGAGAGAGAGAGAGAGAGAGAGAGAGGAACAUGCAUUUUUUAUAUAUGUAUGUAUAGAAACAAAAUUUCUGAAUCCUAAAUCGUCGUGAAUGCCAUUUUUUAUUUGAGAAGAUUUGACCUGAAUUGCAGCUAUAUUGGACGUAAACGAGAAUGCCAGGGGAGGCGAUUUCAAUUCAGGAGAAUGAAAGGGCUAAAGUUGUGAAUGUGGAGACUUCUGAAGAAGAGAAACGAAGAACUAGAAGCAGAUCUCUGAAGAGAAAGGCAAUGAGUGCAUCUACGAGGCUUACUCACAGCCUCAAGAAGCGCGGGAAGCGGGUGGCCGAUUGCCGAUAUGCCGCGAUUUCGAUUAAUGAUGUUCGAGACGCGAAUGAGGAAGCGGCUGUGAACGCGUUUCGCCAGGCAUUGAUUGCAAAAGACCUGCUUCCUCCUCGCUAUGACGAUUACCACACUUUAUUGAGGUUUCUAAAGGCUCGAAAGUUUGACCUUGAUAAAACUCUCUUGAUGUGGUCAGAAAUGCUUACCUGGAGGAAAGAGCAGGGAAUAGAUUCUAUCUUACAGGACUUUAUAUAUGAUGAAUAUGAAGAAGUUCAGCGAUAUUAUCCUCAUGGUUAUCAUGGUGUAGACAAAGAGGGCCGACCUGUUUAUAUAGAAAGACUUGGCAAAAUUGAACCUAGCAAGCUAAUGAGUGUCACCACAGUGGAUCGGUUUUUAAAAUAUCAUGUUCAGGGAUUUGAGAAGACUUUUGCUGAGAAAUUUCCUGCAUGUUCUAUUGCAGCUAAGAGGCAUAUAGAUUCUACAAUAACAAUAUUGGAUGUGCAUGGCCUGAAUUGGAUGAGUUUUGGAAAGGUUGCACAUGAUCUAGUUAUGCGUAUGCAGAAAAUUGAUGGUGACAACUAUCCUGAGACAUUACAUCAUAUGUUCAUUGUAAAUGCUGGUAGUGGAUUCAAACUGCUAUGGAACACGGCAAAAGGCUUUCUUGACCCAAGGACUACAGCAAAGAUAAAUGUUUUAGGCAAUAAAUUCCAAAAUAAAUUGUUAGAAGUUAUAGACUCAAGCCAAUUGCCAGAAUUCCUUGGAGGAUCCUGUUCAUGCUCUAAUGAAGGUGGUUGUCUUAGAUCUGACAAGGGGCCCUGGAAUGAUCCAGAAAUAAUGAAACUGGUACAUGCUGGAGAAGCAAUGUACUUGAGGAAAAUGAAGAGUUUCUCCGAUGAAGAUGAUUUAGAAAUCAAGGAAUUUCCCUCUAAGGUUUCUAGAAGUGAAAUAUCUUCUGCUAAUUUAGGCUUAGAUAUAAAACCAAAUAGAUCAAGCUUCAUUCAACAAAUGCCACUUUCUGAGAAAGGAAGGAUGGGUGAUCCUGCUUCUGUCUGCAGCCUGGUUGAACGCAUAGCAGCAGGAGUUGAAGAUUUUAGUUCAACGAAUGAUUUGACCAAUAAUGUCACCACAACAAUGGUGCAGAAGAAGUUCAUUACCCAUAUAACAAGUUUUGUUCACUUCAUGCUCAAAUUUUUAGCAUGGAUAUAUCUUCUCCUGCCAGCGCUGGGGAGAAUUUUUGCAGCCCGACGUGCAGACAGACAAUUAUCUAACCAAUACAACCCACUAUUGGCAGAUUCAAGUUCUCAAGAGCAACACAUUCCGCAGGAAAUUAAAGAGAACUCACUCCAUCCAUGCUGGCAGAGGCUGAAAAAUUUAGAAACAAUGGUAAAUGAGCUGGUUAACAAACCUACCAAAAUUCCUCCUGAGAAAGAGUACAUGCUUCUUGAAUCAUUGAGUCGGAUUAAAUCUAUUGAACAUGAUCUACAGAAGACAAAGAAAGCUCUGCUUGCAACUGCAUCAAAACAGAUGGAGCUUGCCGAGUCACUGGAAAAUCUUAAAGAGAGCACCUUAGCUGUUAUUAGCCAGAAUGCCUCCCGCUUCACCUGGCCAUGGAUUUCAAGAUAUUUCAGAUAAGCAUGGAAGUGAGAUGACACGUACCAUAUUGUUCAUUAUUCUGUACAUAGCAAUAAUAUUCAAAACCAAAUUCUCAUUUCAGAAAAGGGCUUCACUACAAAAUUUUUUGAACCAAGGCAAUUUUAAAGCACAGUCCAUUGUUUCAUCAUAAAUUUAUGCAAGAGCCAUUGAUAUCUGUAAGUCUAUUUGUCAUGCUAAUUAUUUAGGCUCUUGUUGCAGUGAA